AUGAGUUUUGUCAUUAAGAAUGCUCUUCAAAAGGUCCCUUUGAGAUCAACUUCCCUCACCGUCAGAAAGGCCAUUUCUCCAGCUGCCUUAAUACAAUAUCGUCAGAACUCAUCGUCUCGUGCUGCUCAGUUAACACCACAUAAAUUGCCAACAAAUGAUCCUCUUGUCUCCCAAAUAGAACCAAGCAAUGCCUUGGAUUAUGUCUUGACAUCAUUGGAUGCCGCCGCUAACUGGGCAAGAAAGUCUUCUUUCUGGCCAGUUACUUUUGGUUUGGCUUGUUGUGCUGUUGAAAUGAUGCAUGUCUCUACUCCAAGAUACGAUCAAGAUAGAUUGGGGAUUAUUUUCAGAGCUUCCCCAAGACAGUCUGAUAUCAUGAUUGUCGCAGGUACUUUAACCAACAAGAUGGCCCCAGCUUUGAGACAAGUUUACGAUCAAAUGCCUGAACCAAGAUGGGUCAUUUCUAUGGGUUCUUGUGCCAAUGGUGGUGGUUACUAUCAUUACUCUUAUUCUGUUGUCAGAGGUUGUGACAGAAUUGUCCCAGUUGAUGUUUACGUUCCAGGUUGUCCUCCAACUGCUGAAGCUUUAAUGUACGGUGUCUUCCAAUUACAAAAGAAAAUGAUGAAGACCAGAAUUACCAGAUUAUGGUGGAGAAAAUAA